AUGCUUCAAUUUCGCACCCAGGGUUUCAACGGGUCCGCCGUCAAGUACUCCCCAUUCUUCGAUAAUCGUCUCGCAGUCGCCAGUGCAGCCAAUUUUGGCCUGGUCGGAAAUGGCCGGCUUUGGAUCCUGGAACUCACACCGGAAGGGAUUGUUCCUAUGAAAUGGUUUGCCACACAAGACGCGCUUUAUGAUCUAGCCUGGUCGGAAAUCCAUGAAAAUCAAGUCCUCACAGCAUCUGGUGAUGGUAGCAUUAAAUUAUUCGACUGCGGCGUGAAUGAGUUCCCUAUCCAACAAUGGAAGGAACAUGGGCGAGAGGUAUUCAGUGUGAACUGGAAUAUGAUUGCGAAAGACAAAUUCUGCUCCAGCAGUUGGGAUGGGACCGUCCGCAUCUGGUCACCACACCGUGAACAAUCCCUCCUCACCCUCCCGAUCCACAGUUGCACAUACUCCGCAACCUUCACUCCACACAGCCCCGACCUCCUCUCCGCAGUAUCAUCUGAUGGCCAAAUUCGUCUUUUUGAUCUGCGCACUCCCGCCUCUGCCUCAAACCAUCUUGUCAUGCAGUUCCGCAACCACGGGAGCCCAGGCUUACCAGGCCAAUAUAUGCCACCCGCCGCCGCCUACCCUAACGAAGUCCUUACUCACGACUGGAACAAGUACCGCCCUUCCAUUCUCGCAACAGGUGGUGUAGACACUGCAAUUCGCACCUUCGACAUCCGAUCCCCCAACCCAGGCCUUGCGAUUACUACACUGACUGGCCAUUCAUAUGCAGUCAAAAAGUUGUCUUGGUCACCACAUCUUUCCAGUGUUCUGUUGAGUGCUAGCUAUGACAUGACCUGUCGUGUCUGGAGUGACGGCUCAGACCAACCUGCUGGGCAGUUGCCAAGUGCUGGGUCCCAGCUAGGCAUGAUGAACAAACAUACCGAAUUUGCAACCGGUAUAGACUGGUGCUUGUUCGGGAAUGAAGGAUGGUGUGCAAGCGUUGGUUGGGAUGAGAAUCUCUUCGUCUGGGAUGUGCGCGGAGUGAUGACUUGA